UUCAUAUCAUAGAUACACAUAAAUACUGCACUGUCACUCUGUUGGAACACUGCUUUUCAUAACUGGGCCAUAGACUCGGAGCAUGCAGUCAUUUUCUUCCGUCUCAACACCAGCAUCAGUAGCCAUGGAUGGCGCAGUAGCUACCACCAUCAAUAGCUUUGUCUUUGUUGAUUUGGAAACCAGUCAUCUGGAAAGUUGUGAGCGGCCAAAAAUCAUUGAAAUGAGUCUGUAUGCAGUCCACCGCACCGGACUUCUUCACCCGGCUGUCCUCUCGUCAAUAAACGGGGCAAGGAGAGAGGACGCAACGUACGAUCUGUCUAAAGUAUCGUUGCCAAGAGUUGUUGACAAAUUAACUCUUUGCUUCGAUCCCCGAAAGCAGACAAGUCCGGAGACGUUUGGGCUCAGCGGCUUGGACAACUACAAUCUUGGCGAGAGCAAGAAGAUGUCCCUCGAUAAAGAUAUAAUCUCCAUGCUGAAUAUCUUCCUGAAGCGACAAGAGGGGCCAGUUUGUCUGGUUGCGCACAAUGGGAAAAGAUUUGACUUCCCCAUGUUGCGAACAGAACUAUCCAGGCUGACUGCAGGGAAACUUUUUGAGGGUCUUUUUUGUGCAGACUCCUUGGAAGGCUUCACAUCUAACUUUGCAACUGAUACAGAGGAACCGAUCUCACUGAAACGAAAACUACCUACUACCGGGAACAAUCCCAGCACCUCUUCUGAUAACACACCUGAACGGACCCUCACUAAACGCCCGUCCCCUCCCCCACCCCCAAGAAAAACAAAUCAGGAAUACCACACUAAAUCCCCCCAAAUCUCAUAUUCUCUCACCAACAUCUUCGAGAGAACAUUUGGAAGGGAACCACCAAAUUCUCAUUCCGCUGAAGACGACGUUGCAUCUUUGAUCAAGGUUCUUCUCCCGAGAGUGGAGGAGUUUGUAAACUGGGCGGACGUGCAUGCUGUACAAUACAAGGAUAUUGGACUCUAUUAUAAGCCUUAGCCUCUCACGCCCAGACGUAAGUUAUUUUGAUGACUGAUUGUUAAAACUGAUGAUUGUCAAAUAAUGUUCAUAAAAUGUAUUCAUACAUGUAAAGUUAGAAAGUCUCAAAUCAUUUUUGAAGUGCUGUGGAAACAACUAAACAAUAAUUGAUGAUGUGUCAUAAUUUCGAAUACGUGUACAUAUACAAGUACAAUAAUUUAUGUUUUACAUUAGUCUGUUUAAAUUAGAUGUAAAUAAUAUAUUGUUCGGCUGUAUAUUGCAUUACAUUCUGUAUAGUGAUUACAACUUCCAAAAUUUGGUAACACUUGUAGAUUGUCUAAUUUUGUUUUUUCUCCUUUUCAACUCAACAGUUCGUUUGAUUUUCUCAAUUAGAA